AUGUUCCCCGACCAACAGUCCUGCCUGUUUGAGCUGGUUCAGCGUCAAUACCAGCUCCAAACCACGGCACCGGCGGUAUGUGCACGGGAUGGAGACAUGACCCAUGAAGAACUGGAACGGUAUUCCUCCCGACUUGCAGCCUAUCUUCAAACCAGAGGCGUGGGAGCGGUGAGUUUCGUGCCGCUGUUUUUCGAGAAGUCACGUCUUACCGUCCUCUGCCAGAUGGCGGUCAUGAAGGCCGGAGGCAUCUUUGUUCUCAUGGACCCGGCUCAUCCAAUUCGCCAGGCUCAGCGUCUCUGUGACGAGCUGAAUGUCAAUCUCGUCCUAACCUCGGACGCCUUGUACAAUGGCUUGGAAACCCAACGAGAGGUAGGACUCAGGAAUGCGGCGUAUACCGGAUUUACAGCUGGGUCCACCGGGAAGCCAAAGAUCUUCGUCCUGGAACAUCUCUCAGUUGGCCAAGUUCUCCAGGCACUAUACUCAUUGAUUCCCGUUAAACCGCAGUCUCACUUGCUCCAAUUCGCAGGGUAUACCUUCGAUAUCAGCAUCAUGGACCACCUCGCUGCCCUGGUUUCCGGGGCUUGUCUCUGCGUGCCGUCCGAAUGGGAGCGUCGCAAUUCGCUGGCCGAUGCCAUGUGCGGAUACCAGGUGGACUACGCAUGCCUCACCACCUCUGUUCUGCGAACUCUGCGUCCCGCAGAUGUCCCUUGUGUCAAGACGGUAGUACAAAUUCGAGAAGCGAAGGCUUCGGAUGUGGUCGACCGCUGGUCCCACAUGUGUCAAUUGAUCAACGCGUAUGGACCAGCCGAAUGUGCCUUGGCAUGUAGUGUGCAAGAUCGCUUGGGCCCUGGCUCUGAGGCCACUAACAUCGAGACCUGCAUCACUGGUGCCCUCCCGGUGGUGGAUCGAGAUGACUAUCAAUGCCUUCUCCCCAUCGGCGCAGUGGGAGAGCUUGUCGUCGAAGGACCUCAAGUCGGUAGAGCAUACAUGGGAGAUCCAGAGAAAACUGCAGCCGCAAUGAAAAAAUGGCUCCGGGUUGUGGUUUCGUACUCCACUGACACGUUUAUCGCCGCAGACGCUCUGCAUUGGUGGCCUCGAAUCCUUCGUCCGGUGCUGACCCGGGUAUUGCGUCUAUCCGGGCCCGAUACCUUUGACCCCUACAGAUUUCUCACACUCCGACAAACAGCGCCCGACAAAGAGACCUAUGCACAAGCCACCACACCGUCGCCCGAUCACAUGGGAUGGGGAUUGGGCAAGCAUGCUUGUCCAGGACGAAAUCUAGUGCUUACAGAAAUCAAGAUUGCUCUUUGUCAUAUUCCCCUGAAGUAUGAAUUUCAGCUGCCGGGUGAUGUGCGGCCACGGCCAUCGCUUUUUGGUAUUUUUCUUUGCUUCUGA